AUGUUUGGCAGCAAGAACAAGGAGCCCACAGAGAUAUAUUUGGAGAAUGAGAAAGUAGAUCUUUCUGCAUUGCCCACGCUUACAAGGCUGCAACUUGCAACAUACAACGGGAACGACAAGCCUCAGUUGUACGUGGGUAUAAAGGGGGUUGUAUUUGAUGUUACUGCGAAUGCCAAUAGCUAUGGUGCCGGCAAAGCUUACAAUAAGUUUGUGGGUAAAGAUGCUGGGAGGUUGCUAGGGUUAAACAAAUUGCAAUUGAAGGAAGAAGAUGGUGAUCCCCAGAAUACAUGGGACUUGUCCAGUCUAAAUGAGAAACAGUUGAAAGUUGUCGACGACUGGAUAGAGUUUUUCAAGAUGAGGUACCCUAUCGUGGCAACUGUUGUUGAAAAAUGA